AUGAUAGCCGUGCACCGGGGCCGGCAGACGGCGGAUCACGCCGUGCUGGCGACCAUUAAGGACCUCGUCACGGAAGCGCAAGUCUUCAUGGAGAGAUUCUUGGACCCUGAGUGGUGGAGCAAGGGGGCCAGCCGCAAGGAAGACUCUGAGAUGUUCCGAGAGCUAACGUUUCGCUUGGGCUUCUUGAUGCAGGCGCCACCGGGCUUCCAGGAGCAGUCUCAGGAGGAAGAUCACGCGGAUCGCCUCCAGGAUUACUCCGACCUGCAGAUUAUUCUCGAGGAAAAACUCCGAGUGACGAAGGACGAGCGGGUAGCCAGGGACAUCAUGGCGGUGCUGCGGAGGGUUUCGAUGCGGGCGGCGUCGGAGGGGAGGUUUGCCGCGUCAGAGAUCGGCUUUGACAGGCUGCAGUUCUUGGGCGAAAGGAGCCUGGGCAACGGGGGUUUCGGCACCGUGCUUGGCGCGUCUCUGGAAGGGGCCCCCGUGGCGGUGAAAAAGCUCAACAACCAGAACAUCAGGGCCGAGCUGCUGGACGGGCUGAGGAGGGACGUGCAGGAUUUCCACGCCAUGCAGUACGACUUCGUGGUGAGAACCCUGGGGGGCUGCACCGUACGGCCCAACGUCUGCAUCGUCCAGGAGCAGGCGGCAACCAACCUCUUCGACCUCCUGCACAGGCCGGACCUUAGCAUUCCCCUGACCCUGCCGUCGCCGGAGAAGGCGGCCAUGCUCUACGACGUCGCGCGCGGGCUGCACUUCCUACACGUGAAGCGGAUGGUGCACGGCAACCUCAAGAGUACCAACGUUCUCGUGUUCGAGAACAACCGCCUCAAAGUGAGCGACUUCGGGAUGAUCGCGCUGAGGGAGUCGCAGUCUCUUGGAGGGGGAGACACGGUGGGGUCGGCAGCUUGGACGGCCCCCGAAGUAUUGGAUGACCAGAACCCGUCCGUGCUGUCCGACGUGUACAGCUUCGGAAUCCUAGUCCACGAGGUGCUGACGCAGCGGGUGCCUUUCGCCGGAAAGAACGUUGCCAAGGUCAUCACGGCCGUCGUCGCAAAGGGACACCGACCGGGAUACCUUGAGAACGAGGAGGCGCAGUUCCCCCCGGGGCUAACCAAGCUCGUUGACGUGUGCUGGACGCAAGACCCAGCGGCUCGCCCAACGAGCUUGAACGGCAUCGUGACGGAGCUCGGGCACAUCCUCAACGCCCUCGGGGGUGACCCUCGCCCUCAGCCUCACACUCAGACCGCGGGCGAAGCGGCACCGUCCACGCCCAUUGAGCAAAACACCCCGGGGAGAAUCCCGCGAGUCUCGAUGACGGAACAGGAGCGCCGGAUUCACGACCUUGAGCAAGAGCUUCGCGCUCUCAAGAUGCAGAAGGGAGGCGAUGGCGGCGGCCGAGGAGGGAGCGGAGAGCGAAAGGCCCUAAGGGCUCUCUAUACCGCUACCCAGGGGCCAGGGUGGUACGAGCAAACCGGCUGGGAGACUAACGACCCCAACCUAUCGAAGUGGUACGGAGUGGUCUGUGGCGAGGGGGGGCGCGUUACGUCGCUGCACCUCCGGUCGAACAACCUUCAGGGUCAGCUACCCCGCGAGCUGGGGUGCCUCAGCCGCCUGAAGACCCUGGUUCUGUCCGACAACAAGCUGGAAGGACCCGUUCCGCAUGAGUUCGGAGACCUUGGAAGGCUUGCGGAGCUGGACCUGUCCAUGAACGAUCUCACAGGGGCGAUCCCUGGCGGCCUGUCGCGAGCGGUAUCCCUCGAGAGGUUGUACCUCCAGUGCAACGGCUUUACCGGGAACUUGCCGAGAUCUCUCCAGAAGCUGAACCACCUCAAGAUCUUCAUGGUCGACUGGAGGGAGCUCUCCGACACCCACCCCUUCCGGAAUUUCCGCAAGGCCUCCCCGCCGCCGACCCAGGCGGAGAUGGACCGGGCCCUCUGCGAGUCGCGCACGAUCGCCCGCGCGCGCACCCUCAUGUCGGCCAGGGCGGCGUGCCCCCCUGCUCCCACGAACCCCAACCAACAGCAGAUCCCGCCCGGUUACCCGGGAGCGGCGGCGGGUUUAAGCCACUCCAACCCGGGGUCGAACCCGCAAACUCCGAUCUCGUCGAACGGGGGCGGAGCUCCCCGUGGCGGCGGCGGCGGCGGCGGCGGCGACAGGUUUAAGGUGAUGCUGCGCGGCGGUUCGUCGGGCUCGAGGAGCGACACUCCGUCGAGGCUGGGCAGAGCGACGAGCGCGGUCGAGGGGCCGGUGUCCGGCGCGGCGUACGGCGGCGGGGAGGAGUGGGUCGGCGGCGGCGAUGGGAGGGCCCCGGGAAACAGCGGCGACGGAGGAGGGCAGUGGAUGAACGCCCACCAGCACCAGUACCCUGGGGCAGCUGCCCCGUACCAUACUCCCACCGCACCGUACCGAGGAGAGGACGGGAUCCAAAGCAAGGCCAAGGCCAAGGUCGAAGCCGAGGCCCCCGCCCCCGCCCGCAAGUGGAAGAACGCCUUCUCCUUUGCUGGCAAACACCUGAAGGACAUAGUGGCCGUCGACCUGCACCCCGGUUUCACGGACAGCAGCCACCAAGGGAACGAACAACCCCCUCCCCGAGGCAACAAGUGA